AUGGCGAGCGCUACCAAAGACGUCUUCAUCGACGAGGAUGUCGGCAAGGACGAUGACUCUGCGACGGGCACCGAAACCGCCGCAUACAAGACGCUGGUCUACGCGAUGCUGCUACACCCCGCCACGGCUGAGGCCCCAGUGCAGUACAUGACCAGGAAGUCUGAGACAGGCCCUGUUGCUGAAGGAGAAGAGGCCUCCGUGCGCCUGCAGUGGAAGCCCGCAACCAAGUCGGCGCUCAAGAAGGCGGCCAACCUCGUCGAGCAACGCAAGAAAAAGGCGCUCAAGGAAAAGGAGCUGGCAAUCAGGGAAAAGGAGGAGGCCGAUAAGCGAAGGCUGGUGCUCGAGGAGGCGAAGAAGGUCGUCAUAAAGGAAGACAGCUCGCUGCCCAAGCCGGUCAAGAUCAGACUCAAUGAGAAGGACCCCGCGGUCGUCAGGCCUCGAGCCGAAGGAGACGAGCAGCCGGGGACUCGUGUGCGUGUCGUUGGCAGAGUCCAUCGUCUACGGGUGCAGAAGGACAUGAUCUUCUUGACGCUGACAGAUGGCUACGGAUUGCUCCAGUGCGUCUUUACUGGGGACCUGACAAAGACAUAUGAUGCCAUGACUCUUACGCUGGAGACCUCCAUGGCCAUCCAUGGAGAGAUGCGUGCCGUGCCUGUGAAACAGCAUGCUCCAGAUAACCGUGAGCUACACGCAGACUUCUUCCAGGUCAUUGGACGUGCUGCCGGCGACAAGGAGGCCAUCACCACCCGUGUGGCCGCAGAUGCUGAUCCACAGACCCUACUAGACAACAGACACCUUGUCUUGCGUGGAGAGACGUCCUCAUCCGUUCUCAAGGUCCGCGCAGCUGUGGUGCGGGCGUUUCGGAAGAUGUUUGAGCAGAAACAGAUGCUCGAGGUCACUCCCCCAGCCAUGGUCCAGACCCAAGUAGAAGGCGGAAGCACCCUGUUCGAAUUCGACUACUACGGCGAGAAGGCCUACCUGACUCAGUCCUCCCAGCUGUACCUGGAGACCUGUCUCGCUUCACUAGGCGAUGUCUUCUGCAUCUGCCCGUCUUUCCGUGCUGAAAAGUCUCUCACCCGUCGUCACCUGUCGGAAUAUACCCAUAUUGAAUCUGAGCUAGACUUCAUCACCUUUAAUGACCUCCUCGACCAUAUCGAGGAGAUAAUAUGUAGUGUUAUCGAUAUCUCGCUGGCUGAUCCACAGAUCGCCGCAUUCGUCAAACAGCUCAACCCCAACUUCACGCCACCGGCCCGUCCCUUCAUGCGCAUGCGUUACUCUGAAGCCAUCGAGUGGCUGAACGAACACGGCAUCAACAAUGAAGAGGAUAAGCCACAUUCGUUCGGAGAUGACAUUGCUGAAGCUGCCGAGCGAAAAAUGACCGAUAUCAUCAAUAAACCUAUCCUACUCACUCACUUCCCUGCUGAGAUCAAGGCGUUCUACAUGAAGAAAGACGCAGAGGACCCACGUGUCACUGAGUCCGUAGAUGUACUCAUGCCCGGCGUCGGUGAGAUUGUCGGUGGUAGCAUGAGGAUGGACGACUGGGACGAGCUCAUGGGUGCGUACAAGAAGGAAGGAAUGGAUCCUACUCCAUACUACUGGUAUACCGACCAGAGAAAGUAA